GUGUGGUCUGGAUGAUCUGUGCAUUCUUAGUAAAUAGAUCGACAAGACCACAUCAAGCCAUACAUGCUUUAGACCAUUGAACUGUUCACAGCGCAUUCAUUGACUGGUCUGAUAGCUCAGUAGCCUAAGACCAGUAAAUGAUCCAUAGAUCUAUAUUUUAUCCAGUAACACUUGUAAAACUGUUUUGAGAUACACGUGUACAUCAUGGAGUAUUCAGUAUUUCUUUCUUUUACUUUGUGCUUCAUCACGAUACACGGUUGUAAAGGUGCCUCGUCCAAGGAUCACUUACGAAGUAGUAUGAUAAGUGGUUCUUUUGCCUGGCUGCUGCCUUAUCGUCGUCAAGGAGGUGGCCCAGAGAUCCUGAUCAAGACAAUAUCAACUGGUAAAGGCGUUUCCUUAAGAUGUGUUGUAGGCAAACCAAAACCACGAAUUAAAUGGAAAAAAGAUGGCACCACUGUCGUUCAAAGCCUACGAGCAAAAAUAAAGCAGUUUGACUGGGGAUCGCGCCUGCGUAUUAAGAACAUCCAACCAUCAGAUGAGGGAGUUUACAGAUGCGUCGCAAAGAAUCAUCGAGGACAAAAAGUUUCGGCUUCAGCAUAUGUUAGAGUAAAAGGACAUAGAAGAAACAAACAACGGAGGUGUCAGGUGUAUAGUGGAAGAUUAUGUAGUGCUCGUCUGGUCUCACAUGGAAAGCUGCAGUAUCAAGCUGACAGACGACUAGCGAAGAUUGUCAGGGUGUUAAAGAGUUCUCGCUGCCAGAAACAACUUAUUGUUUUUCAUUGUCAACUAAACUACCCCUCAUGCUCUCUGAAGAAUAAUGACAAGCCACAAACGGUAUGCCGCGAAGAUUGUAACAAACUAGAAAAGAAAUUUUGUCGUCGUGACGUAAGAAUAUUGGGUCCCCUGUGGUACCAGUCAAUUGCUUGUUCGAAGCUACCAUGGACUAACUGUCGAAGAGUAUUUGAUCAUGGAAUCGCUAACCAUAAGCAUGCGACGAACAAGACUACAGUAAAACCAGGGAAAAAGAAUACUGUCCGUCCAAGAAACUCGUGUAAAAGAUAUCAAGGCGACAUCUGCAAAACUUACAUGACCGCUGAAGGCCUGGUAACCACCCAUGGUCAACAGUCAGAAGUAGAGAGAGGACUAAGGAGAGUAUUAUCACUUCUGCAAAACUAUACCUCAAGCAAUUGCAAACGAUACCUGCAAAAAGCUCUGUGUUAUCACUUGUUUUCACCGUGUUCCACUGGUCCACAUCCAACACCUAGACAAAUAUGCCGAUUGCAGUGUGAAGUAUUACAAGGUCGCAUUUGCUCCAAAGAAUUUCAUCUUGCAAGAUUAUUGAGUCCUGACAGUAACAUCCUGCCUUGGUGCGCAGAACUCCCUGCUCCUCUGGACAACGAUGCUCACUCUUGUUUAAGUUUAGGAAUAAAUGUGAAUGACAAUGAAGAAACAACUGAUUGGGACAAAUGCUCAGCAUUCUUGAAAAGAAACGAGAAAAAAAAAUUCCGAUCUACUGUGAUGUCACCAUGGUUGGAUAAACACCAGUGGUGUAAGAAAGAGAAUAUAACCCUUCCGCUAAGGCCACACCAUUCCAACAUAUCAAAAAGUGUCAGGAAACUAUUUCCAAGAAGUAAUUUCUCCAGUACUAGCACAUCAGUUUUAAACCAUCAAAUCGUGCUAUGCUUUGAAACUCUCGUCAAACUAAAAACACUUGUCUUAAGUUGGGAUCAUUACCAUAUUUCGUUACCAUUACCUCACCUACAAAUUCCAUUGUCUACCAUCCAAGUACCGGGAGUUAUUUUAGGCCACGUGUCUUCAAAUAUCGACACUKUUCUUGUUCCACUUGGGUCAGCAGUAGCUUACAGAGUCCACGAGAAGAUUCUUCUUGAGAACGUUACUUUCUACUAUCGCUACCAAUCUACCAGGGGAUCAUUCAUUGCUAAGGGUCAUUAUCGACUUUGCGAGACAAUUUUCGAGGUGUCCAUGGAAACAUUAGAGAAUGGCGCUGUCAAACUAAUCGGAAAUUCAAGCUCUCCUCUUGAUGUAAAUACAAUUGAACGAGUAUUUGGAUUAGCUACGCCUACUACGCUGAUCCAAGAUGCGAUCAGAAAAUCAGAGUUACUGAUCAUGCGCAUUAUGUCCCCGUCCAUGCAAAUCUACGUCGACAGAGACGUAGCUGCUGUGAAGUUUGCUGGCCAGUCAUUUUGGGUGUCUGACGGGCAUUCUACUUUCCUUGAGUUUUAUGGCGGUAACCUACAUCAGGCAAACGUCCUGGUGGCUUCCCUAAUAAGCGAAAGUCUAACUUUUGGUAAAGUUCUUCGAACAUUCACUGGAAUAGAACUACCAUUACUUGACUGGAACAAAGUAACAAGUAAUCAGAGCCGUGUUGGUGUUUUGCUCUCAACUUCAGACUUCAAUUCGACUCACGCCAAAAUGUUCCGUAUAACGGGAGAACCUCUGUCCACAGUGCUUGCUGGCUCGAUUCCUGCUGGACUGACGAUCAUGUCUCAAACACGUGUGCCUGGCAAUUGUAACGGUGUUAAGAUGUGCGAGAUAGUCAAAGCGGCAUUUGGUCAAGAUAGCCUGUUUCAAAUGAAAACGACAUGCAAAGAAGAUCAAGUACUGUUUGAUAUGACCUUCGAAAACGUCUCCCAUGAUGCACUGGUGGCUUACAAAUCAAUUAAAGUUUCGCUCAAAGUGGUAAAUGGUAACAUGAGCUACCUUGACGUAGACCCUUCAAUCCCCUUCCAUGCCAGUGGAUACAUUCAUAUGGUAGGCAGAGAUGGCGAAGAAGAAAAUAAACUUCAUUUUACGGGAAUGCUGGAGUAUAGCGGAAUCUGGGCCAAGCUGAUAGGACAGUUAGAUGUCGAUCAGCACUGGAAACCAGCAUUCAACAUUCCAUAUUUAGCAUUCAAAAAUAUGCAUGCAAGUUUUACUGUUCCAACGGAUACAAUCAACUCCAMSCCAGAUCAUAGCAUCAGUACGAGUGCGGACUUUGAAUUUGGGGUAGGAUGUUCACCAGCCGAAAGCUCCAUAAAGAAGGAUGGCUGUAUCACCGGGCAGAUAUUCUUGGGAUUGUCACAAGAUAUUAGAGAGCAUUAUUUCUAUGGAUCUGUAGGAUCAGUUAGUCUGCAGCAGUUGCUGGAGGCAUGUGGUUUAAACGUACAGCUUCCCACUGCUGUGGCAAACACUGGAUUCCCCUCGGGUCUAAAGAUAUCAAUAGCCCGUAAAAUACAUGAUGUUGGUUUAGAAGGUAGUCCUUUCAUCAGGCCUGGUCUUGAAAUGAGUGGUACAAUGAACUUGUUCGGGAUAGAGACAGAUGCAUCUGUUUCUCUUCUUCCUACAAUGUUUUUAAUCGAUGCUGAACUAGAUGGAUUGGGCAUGAAAAUACCUGAUGAGUCAAGUCCUUCAGAGAAUGUACUACGGCACGAUAAGGAGUACAGACCAGUGGUGUACAUCAAAACUCGAUUAAAUCCUGUUGCAUUCCUAAAGGUACAUAUCGACACAUACUCCCGUAUCUUUGGCGUAUUCGAUGACAUUAGUGUUUUGAUAAGUCGCCAAAUGACACAAAUCAAGAUGGUGGCGGAAAUCCAUAGGUCAAUACAUGCGCAUGUGUAUUUGAUGUCUAACAAAAGCAAACAAGUCAAUACCACACAUCUCAAGGCUAAGAUCAUAUUCAAAAAUCAACUCUCAAAGCUGACUCGUCUUGCCUCUAAACAUGUGAUCACUAUGCUUGAGGUUGAAAUGUCGCAACUCAAAGUUGCAGAAAAAGAAGUGGAACGGCAAUCAAAGGAAUGCGGAAAAGCAACAAAGAGCGCUUGUUCUGGAUGUUUAAGUGACAGUAGUUGCCUCGUAAUGUUAUCACAAUGUACACAACAAAAAACAAACCUUCAUUAUCUUUGUCAACGCACGUUACGUGACCACUGCAAACAAGCUAAUGAUACAUGUCAAGAUGUGUGCACAAAGCUGGCUUCUUACUCAAAUGAUUCAUGCUUAGCUUAUCACAACGCUGCAAAAGCCUUACAAAAACUGCAACUCAGUCUUCAAUGGGUUCGUCAGGCACGUUUUCUGAUUGCAGGACGCUUGUUUAAUAUUCACAGCAUCUCAUUUGAGGCUCAAGUGUUUUCCAGUGACUUCAUGAAUACUGUUGUAGACACUACCUUUGAUGUUACCAUAUUUGGACAGAGAAACCUAUUAACAGGACUACAGCUACAUUUGGAUUCCUUUUCGAAAUUAGCAGCUGAAAUUGCCAAACAAGCUGUCAUGUGGUAUGACAAGCGCCAUCGCCUCCAUAGCAACUAAUCGCUUUACUAGACUGGCAUGGAGUGUUCAGCAGUAAAUCAGAUGAGUGGGACUAGAGUUACUUGUAUAGUUAAGCAAUAAGUGUUAUCAGUUGGACCAUUUACCCAACAACCACAAUAAUCACGGUGGAGGAGGUAGAAUGUAUAAUACUUCACUGACCUAACUGGUUAUGUUCUUAUCAUGCUGUCUUGAUUUGUUUGGCAUUUUGCCUUAGAAAAUGGCUUUAGCAGAACUGAUGUAAGUCCUUUGAACAUGAUACAUGUGGAAUACAUCAUCCAGAUUGUAUGGAUGCACAGUAUCCAGACCUUAUGAAAGCAUGUCRAAGAAAAUCAUAAAAAUAAACAAAGAAAAAAUAUAAAAGAAAUUUACUGCACUCUCGCUUUGCUACUAAAUAUAUACUAACUCUGCAAGUACUUGCUGCUCUACAUCUGUAAGCUUGAUUAUACUUAAUAAAAAAGUGCUUACGACCUAGAGUAGAAUAGCUACUAGCUUCCACAUAAAAGUGCCUUGCUGGUGUACUGAUUAACUAGCAUGAACAGUGCUAUGUGUGUAAAUAGCAUUGUUGAUGCAACACCACUAGAAAUUGAAUGACUCCUGGAUUCUUUGUCAGAACUGUUAUAAACAUGAGCAUUCGGCAAAUCAAUUUGAUCAAUAAAUAUCGUAACCAAUGUA